UGUCUGUCACUCGCAGUACAGCUCGUCACACAGACAGACACCUGGAGGUUUUUAUAGAGGGUUAUGAACGAGGGGCACAGCACCUGGGAUUUACUUUACUAGCAGUUCUUCUCCUGGAUCACAUUCACACUGUCAAGUGUAUGCGCUGGAGCUGCUCAGUCACUUUGCUUCCUGUAAAUCCAGCAGGUCUUUAGCUGACAAUGUCGUGGGAUUGCGGUCUCAGGUACGUGUUCUCUAUGCCCCCUGCGCUGCAGCAGGGUAGCAAGUGCAUUGUGCAUGACAAGGAGGACCUGUCCAGACUGGAGAUGGUCCAGAGACUCGCGAAGGACGGCUGCCGGUUCCUGCAGAACCACAGCAAGAGCCCAGAGAGGACGGCUGAGACCCAGAGUGACGAGGCAGUCCGCUUGAGCGUGAGGGAGCGGGGCCGCGAUGUGCUUGUCCUCCAGAGAGUGUCGUUAGAGCAGCCAGCGCACGCUGCAUGGUUGAGGGGAGGAGGGAGGGAGGAGGCGAGGACCAGGAGGUACGCGGUGGUGUCUGGGACCCCCGAGAAGAUCCUGGAGCACCUGCUGAGUGACAUGACCCUGGAGGAUGAUCGAGGAACCACCCAGGCAAAAGAGUCAGAUAUGCUUUUGGAUGAUUUUCUGCUCACAUACCCAGUGUUCAUGUCAACCGGUGAUUUAUGCCAAGCUCUUCUGGGACACUAUUGCACCAAACGGCACAGAGCUAAAGAGGACGCGAAGGAGGCUUUGGAGAGGAAGCAGAAGGUCCUGCACCUGGUGUGGCAUUGGAUGUCCCUCUGCAAAGGCUUCCUGAGAGAGGACGAGCAUGUCAAAGUCUUCCUGAAGAGCUUGCACCGUUGCGUGUUAGAUGAUCUCUACGAGCACCCAGCCUUGGAACGGGACGUGACGGAGUUGCAGAAACUCUACCAGCUGAGACGCAGGCACACAGUGGACGACGACUCGCCUCACAGAAAUAGCAGAACUCUCUUCCACCAAUUGAGCGUGAAAGAAAAUGGGCUGAGACCCAGGAGCACACAGAAGGAGAGCAAGGAAGUUCUGUGCCGUGUGUACGUCACCCUGGACUCGUACCUGAGCGCUAAGGUCCGCUGUGAGGUGGUAGCUCAGGAGCUGCUGCAGGAAGUGGCUGAAAGGAUAGACGUUGCUGCUUCAGAGCUGAUACUUGUGGCCAUAACUUAUCCUGGAGGUAGACUCCUCCUGCAGCCUCAGGACAGAGUUUUCUCCAAUUCUCUACGGCCGGUAGGGAGGCUUCACGUGUGCAGGAAGGACCUCUCUGAAGUCCUGAACCCAUUCAGAGAUAACUCAGACAUGCAACAGAGGACGGCUCGCAUGCUGAAUUUAAACACCUGGGACGUGGCUGUUGCACUCACCAACUUUGACUGGACCAUUUUCAACUCCAUGCACGAGCAGGAACUGGUCUACUUCACCUUCAACCGCAACGUCUGCAGCAGCCACACAAAGUCGUUAGAGCUGCUGCUGCAGCGAUGCAAUGAGGUCCAGCUGUGGGUGAUGACCGAGGUGCUGCUGUGCCCGACGCUCUGCAAAAGGGUCCAGCUCAUCAAGAAGUUCAUCAAGAUUGCUGCUCACUGUAAAGCACAAAGGAACCUCAACAGCUUCUUUUCCAUCAUCAUGGGCCUGAACGCUGCUGCUGUGAGCCGCCUCAGUCAGACGUGGGAGAAAAUUCCUGGAAAAUUUAAAAAGCAUUUUUCCGAACUGGAGACAGUCACAGAUCCCUCACUGAACCACAAGGCCUACAGGGACUCCUUCAAGAAGAUGAAAUCUCCCAAGAUCCCGUUUCUUCCUCUAGUCUUGAAAGAUAUCACAUUCAUUCAUGAAGGCAACAAAACGUUUCACGAUAAUCUGGUCAAUUUUGAGAAGUUGCACAUGAUAGCAGACAUGGCUCGGUUCAUCCGGGAGUGUCAGCAGGAUCCUGUGGGAAACGGAAUCGCCCAGAAGAGCAGCUCAGAGGUCCGAGCCUACAUUGAUUACCUUCAUGUCAUCGACAAUCAGCAGACUCUGUUUGAACUGUCACACAGACUGGAGCCGCGUGCUUAGACAAGAGCUUUUUCUAUUCUUCCCACUCUGUGGAAUUGCCAAGGAUCAACCCAUCACUGUCUCAGCUCGUACUGCUCAGGACUCGGUCAGCAAUCCUGGGGGGGGUCUGCACGGCUCAGACUCAAGCACAAGACGGAGCAGUUCAAUCGGGAGGCUGUCACCAGAGACCUAAACAAGCGGUGAAAGAAACACGGGAGGGAGGCCGCAGAAAACGUUACAAUCCACUCCCACGUGACCGAGCCGUUCGGCAAUCACUCAACAGGAAAGCUGCAGCGCCAGCGGCUGAACUGCAAGAACAGCAGAAGCCUCGAGUGACAGCCAUUUAUCAGUACAUCUUCAUGGAUCCAAAGCUGCUGCUGUUUCCGUUAUGACCCACAGAUGGCAGAAGAUGGCAAUGGAAAAAGAUCUUUGACAAUGGCAUACGGCACUGAAUACUUCGUUUCUUUAAAGUGUUACAUUUGCAAGUUACCUUAAGUUUCAUUGAUGUCAAGACAUCAGUCGGUCUCAUAAUCUCUGAAAAUCAGUUAAAACGUUCAAUAGAGCGUCCCUGUUACACAUAAAGGAGAGUAAGGGGAUUUCUGUAGAUUUCUCAGGAUCGUCAUUUAUUUAGAAUCAACACCAAAAUGAACACUUCAAUUAAAAAUUUGAAAAGCAAAACCCACAAAAGACCUGGAAAGAGCCCUUUACUUGGUCCUGGCUGGACCGCUGCAGGCGUGAGAAUCCUACAUCGUCUCUCAGCUUGGCUGACAGGGAAAUCAAGGCACUGUCCAACUGAGGCCUCUGUUUGAAACUAUGUUAAAGUUGGAUAAGAAGUGAAAAUGAAACUGCUGAAAAGAAGUUGCAAAGUGAUCGAACACAUUUCCAAAGUGGUUGUAGGAAAAACUGUUGCACGGCUUUUACAUUGCAUUGUACGCCAUGUUCUUUUGUAGACGAACACGGCGAACAAUGCAAAGAAGAAACGACUGACAAAACCAAAUCUUCCAAAACGUUUAUGAGUCCUCUCUCUUCCUCUGCCACACAAAACCUUCUUGAUGGAUCCUAAGGUUCUUGGGACUCCACUUGCCACGAGCAUCAACUUCUAGCAGAAGAGUUGUCUCCAGGGACUGCUCAGCCAAUCAGAGAUGUGCAACCAAAAAUGAGAGCUACAUAAACUUAGACACUUGAUAAAGAUGUGGACUUCAUUUUAUUUUCUUCUUAAAAACAGAAAUUGACCAGAAAUGUCCAAACUAUUGUCAUAUUAACUCAUGGUGCAAUGGUGGUGCAGGGGUAGAGCAUGCAACCCAAGUUUGGAACUAUCCUUCCUCGAUGUUGGCUGACCUAGGUUCAAUGCCUGGCCCGUGGACCUCUGCCGCAUGUCUUUCCCUCCCUCUCAACCCUGUUUAAUGUAAAAUAAAGACCACCUGAGUCAAAAAAGACACAGCAAUUCAGAAAAAUAUUUUUUUUAGCAUAACUAUUAUAUUUUUCAUAUUGCCCCUCUACGUGGUUAUUUUGGAUAGACUUAAAGGACGACUAAAGCAAACCCGAGAAAAGCACAGCUCUAGCAGUUCAAAGGUGGAAUCUGAGAUGUCAGUAUGCGCCGCAGUAAUUGGCUAAAUUAAAAUAUGGUAUAAAACUGAAAUACCGUACAUCCCUUUUUAUAUUUUCCCAUUUGAUGAUUUAGCUAAAGAUUAGGACAGCCACUGAGUUCCUCACACAUACACUGUGUCUGCGGGCCCAACACUAUCUACUCUUUAAGUUGUGAAACAUCGUUCCAGGAGUAACACUGUGCAGUCUACACACGUGAAGAUGUCUUGUUGGGAUGACAGAUUGUUAAAUAUUCGGACAUGAUAUUCCAGCUGCGUCUUUUAUGUCAUUUCAUAGUUUCUAUCUUUCCAUGCAGUAUUUUAUUAUUUACAAGUGCUGCUUAUUAGAGGAGGCUUUACUGCAGGAUGUAAUAGUGUAGGAAGAGGAGAGUGUACUAUGUACAGUAUUUUGUUUGUAUGUCCAAGCAGAAUUUACUGCUAAAUUCAGAGUUAAAAACACUAGUAACCUUUUCUGGAGCGCUGGCAAAAGGACCCCAUCUAGUUGUGUCGUUGACAAUCAGUCAAAGGUAUCAGGAAUUGGCUUUAGCUUUUGGUUCGUUGUAUUGGAAAAACAAAAAGAAAUGCAACUGAAACUCAACUAAGCUACAUCUUAGAAAACAGAAAGUUGAUUAAAAUAGGCCAGAAAUAAAAAGCAAUAGCAAAAUUAAAUGACACAGCACUUUGCGGCUAAAAAUAGUAAAAGCAAUCUCUCUAUGUGCAAUGUGUAUUCUCACUGCAGUGUACAUGUUUAAAAUGUAAGGUAGGUAGUCUCUUGUAGGAUGACUUCUAGAGCAUUUGUUUUGUAUAUAUUUUGGAUUUCCAAGCCUAUCGUCAUUAUGUCAUAAAUUCACUUUAUUAGCAUCUAAUUUUACAUUUUUCUUAUCAGCAAUGUACAGUUGAUUAUUUAUAUUGUAGAUACAUGUCUGAACUCUGCAUAGAUAUUUAAGUCAUUGUAAUUUUUUUUCAAAUAGAUUAAAAUUUACCGGGUUUCUGUUCAAUCCGUUUUGUACGCUGAUCUGAGUGACAUGUCAAACCACGGAUCGACCACCUCGGUCAGCUGUGCAUGCAAUAAAAGCUUUUUGUGCACCAGUCAAAA